UUAUGAAAUUUAGUAAGUUCUAAACUCGCACUCGUAACGGUUCACGGGGCUAGCAAUCAUGACAGCAACUUAUAAAUUCGUCACUCUAUUAGGCUUACUAGCCAUUGCGAUCGGACGAACUGAAUCGUCAAAUAUACUUGGUGUCUUCACUAGCAGUAGUCCAUCACAUCAAAUUGUUCAUCUGUCUUAUGUUAGGGCUUUAAUUGAACGUGGUCACAAUGUAACCGUCGUAACAACUAUUCCUUUGAAGGAUAAAAAUCCAAAGUAUCAUCAUAUUCUUAUUCCACCAAGUGAAGCUAGAACUAAACAAAUGGAUGAUAUGAAAGCUUUGAUGAACAAUAAAAACCAAUCAGGUUUAGAGGCUUUCAAAACCGGCAUUAACAGUGUUUUCGCACUUGGAGAAAUUCAAACUGAUGCCUUGAAAGAUGAACGUUUCCAAGAUUUCAUGCAUAAUCCUGGUAAUAAAUUCGAUCUUCUAAUUGUGGGUUAUUUCUUCAAUGAUUUCCAUGUUGGUCUUGGAGCUCAUUUCAAGUGUCCAAUUAUUAUAAGUUGGGCUGGAGCUUCUUAUGAUAUGGUGGAUAAAUUUAUUGGAAAUCCAGCAGAAAUUGCAUAUGUUCCAGCUUCGACAAUGUUUGGUAUUCCGGAUUGGACGAAAUUCACAGGAAGGCUUAGUAAUUUCUUUACGAAAAUUACAUCCAUCAUUUUUGGAGCUUUAAUUGAUAAUCAAAUGGCCAGUCUUUAUAAUGAAAUCUUCCCACCUACUGACUAUCCAGCAUUCGAAGAAGCUAAGAAGAAGGUAUCCCUGGUUCUAUUGAACUAUCAUUUUACUGAUGGAAUUAUUCGACCAAAUGUUCCUGCUACUAUUGAAUGUGGAGGAAUUCAAAUCAAAGAGAAACCUAAUCCAUUGCCAGAAGAUCUUCAGAAAAUUUUCAACGCUUCCUCAGAACAUGGCGUAAUCUACCUCAGUUUUGGGACCAACAUCAAAGGUGACGAUUUGAAUCCAGAACUUUUCGGAAUUCUCUUCAAAGCCCUCUCAAGCCUAAAACAGACUGUUCUCUGGAAAUGGGAUGGUAAAAAUGUUCCUGGUAAUUCACCAAAUAUCCACUAUCGCAAAUGGCUGCCACAAGAUGAUCUUCUAGCUCAUCCCAAUGUCAAACUUUUCAUCACCCACGCUGGCAAAGGUGGCACUGCUGAAUCACAAUUCCAUGGAGUACCAAUGGUUGCUGUACCAUUUUUCGCUGAUCAAUUGGGCAAUGCUGAAUUAAUGGUUAGCAGUGGUUUUGGAUUAAAAGUCGAUCAAAAAACUAUGACUGUUGACAUUCUUAAAGAUUCUAUCAAAGAAGUUCUUGAGAAUCCAAAAUACAGAGAAAAUGUUAAAGAAUUUUCAAAACUUUACCGCGACAGACCAAUGAGUGCGAAAGAAACAGCAAUAUUCUGGAUUGAAUAUGUGAUUAGACAUAAGGGAGCCUAUCACAUGCAAAGUCCAGCUGUGCAUUUGAAUGCUUUCCAACUUGUUAGUGCCGAUGUUAUUGGUUUUAUACUUUUAGUUAUAUUCUUAGUUUAUAAGUCAAUUUCAAUUCCAACUCGAUUUAUAUGGAGGAAGGUCUUUGCUAAGAAAAGUACUAAAAAUACUAAAAAUCAAAAAACCAAAACUCAAUGCUUCCUUGCCCUUUUAAUCGGACAAAUAGAAUCGGCAAACAUCCUUGGAGUCUUCACUAGCAGCAGUCCGUCACAUCAAAUUGUUCACGUAUCCUAUGCCAAGGCUCUGGCCGAACGUGGUCACAAUGUAACAGUCGUAACAACAAUCCCCUUAAAGGACAAAAACCCCAAGUAUCUUCAUAUAUUAAUUACUCCAAGUGAUGCAGCAAACAAAAUAAUUGAUGCAAUGAAAGCAAAAGCCAGUGAAAAACCUGGCGGAUUAAUUGAUUCCGCUAAAACUGCCUUGGAUAAUCUACUAGCAUUGGGAAGUAUUCAAGCUGAUAGUCUGAAAGAUGAGCGUUUUCAAGACUUCAUGAACAAUCCCGAUAACAAAUUCGAUCUUUUAAUUGUUGGUUAUUUCUUGAAUGAUUUCCAUGUUGGUCUUGGAGCUCAUUUCAAGUGUCCAGUUGUUUUAAGUUGGGCAGGAGCUCCUCUCGAUAUGCUCAACAGAUAUGUUGGAAAUCCUGCAGAAAUCGCAUAUGUACAAGCGAUAAAUGUCUACGCUUAUUUGUUUAGUGAACUAUUCCCACCUUCUGAUUAUCCAGCAUUUGAAGAAGCGAAGAAGAAAGUUUCUUUGGUUCUAUUGAACUAUCACUUCACUGAUGGAUCUAUUCGACCAAAUGUUCCUGCUACUAUUGAAUGUGGAGGAAUUCAAAUUAAGGAUAAACCUGAUCCAUUAUCUGAAGAUCUUCAGAAAAUUUUCAACGCCUCCUCACAACAUGGUGUCAUUUAUCUCAGUUUUGGGAGCAACAUCAAAGGUGACGAUAUGAAUCCUGAACUUUUUGGAAUUCUUUUCAAAGUCCUCUCAAGCCUUAAGCAGACUGUUCUCUGGAAAUGGGAUGGUAAAACUGUCCCAGGUAACUCUACAAACAUCCACUAUCGCAAAUGGCUACCCCAGGACGAUAUCUUAGGUCAACCCAAUGUUAAGCUUUUCAUCACACAUGCUGGCAAAGGCACUGAGUCACAAUUCCACGGUGUCCCAAUGGUUGCUAUUCCAUUUUUUGGUGAUCAAUUUUCUAACGCUGACACAGUGGCUCAAAGUGGAUUUGGGCUGAAAAUCGAUCAGCAGACCAUGACUGUUGAAAGCCUUAAAGCAGCUUUACAGGAUGUUCUUGAGAAUCCAAAGUAUAAGAAGACUGUGAGUCAAUUCUCUGAGCUUUACCGAGAUAGACCGAUGAGUGCGAAAGAAACCGCAGUUUAUUGGAUGGAUCCAUCACACAAUAUUGUUCAUAUGGCUUACAUUAAGGCAUUAAUUGAACGUGGACACAAUGUAACAGUUAUAACAGCGCUUCCUCUCAAAGACAAAAAUCCAAAAUAUCAUCACAUCUUAAUACCUCCCACUGAGUCUAGAACCAAACAAUUGGAUGAAAUGAAAGCUAAGUCAUCCAAAACAAUCACUAUUCGAGAUAAUAUUGAAAGUGUUUUAUCAUUUGGUCCCAUGUUGGCUGAUCCACUGAGAGAUCAACGAUUUCAAGAAUUUUUACAAAAUCCGGAUAACAAAUUCGACUUGGUAGUAACUGGUUAUUUCUUCAAUCCCUUCUAUGUUGGUUUAGCAGCCCAUUUUAGAUGUCCAAUGGUAAUAAGUUAUGCCACAGUGCCAAAUAGUAUGGUGGCAAGUUUUAUUGGCAACCCAACAGAAGUGGCAUAUGUACCAGUAUCGCCGUUGUUCAGAUUACCCGAUUUAACGACUUUCAAAGGGAGGCUUACCAAUUUUAUGAUAAAUAUUCCAGUCAGCAUAUUUACAGAGUUGCUGAAUUAUCAAAUGAAAGGAAUAUAUAAUGAACUCUUCCCGCCUUCGGAUUAUCCGGCUUUUGAAGAAGCCAAAAAGAAAGUUUCAUUAGUUGUGUAUAACUAUCACUUCACUGAUGGUAUAAUUCGGCCGAAUGUUCCAGCUGCUAUUGAAUGUGGUGGAAUACAAAUUAAGGACAAAGCAGAUCCUUUACCAGCAAAUCUUGAAAAACUUUUCAAUUCCUCUUCCGAACAUGGUGUUGUCUACGUUAGCUUCGGAUCGAAUUUAGGAAUCAAAGAAAUUAAUCCUAAAGUUGUUAAUGCAAUGUUCAAGGCUUUGUCGAGUCUCAAACAAACUGUUUUAUGGAAAUGGGCUGAUUCGGAACUCCCUGGCACUUCUCCAAAUAUCCAUUAUAACAGUUGGCUUCCACAAGAUGACCUAUUGCAACAUCCAAAUUUGAAACUUUUCAUCACUCAUGCUGGCAAAGGUGGUGUUACUGAAGCAGCUCAUCAUGGAGUUCCAAUGGUUGCUAUACCAAUGGUGGCAGAUCAGAUUGGAAAUGCUGAUCAAGUUGUGAAAAAUGAAUUUGGACUUAAAGUCGAUAAGGCUACCAUGACAGAGAGCUCAUUCAAAGAAGCAGUAUUAGAAGUUUUGAACAAUCCAAAAUAUACUGAAAAUAUUAAACGGUUUUCGAUUCUAACCAAAGAUAGACCAAUGACUGCUAAGCAAAAUGCAGUUUUCUGGCUUGAGUAUGUGAUUAGACAUAAGGGAGCUUAUCAUAUGCAAAGUCCUGCUGUGCAUUUGAACACACUUCAAAUUUAUAGUUUGGAUAUUAUUGGUUUUAUUUUAUUAGUCCUUUUCAUAGUCUAUAAGUUGAUUACAGUUCCAGCUAAAUUUGUUUUGAGGAAAGUUUUCGGAAAGAAACAUUCAAAAACAAAAAAACUAAAGGAGCAGUAG